GAAAACUUUGAUUGCUUUACAAGCGCAGUAACCCGUUCAUGGACAUGCCAAGGAGUACAAUAUGGAUUGUAUUAUAAAAUCGUUGAUCAUUUUAACUAGUGUAAUACAAAGCAACUGCGUCAGUCUGAGACGACAGCUGGCCCACAUAGCGAGAACCCAAGCUGAAAGCAAAGGCUACCUACAAAUAGAUCAACAGCUACCUUCGCGCAGGUCGUUUUAUGAAUAUGACCCUCGUGAGGUCUCUAAUAUUAUUGGACUUCCAUCGAGGCCAAGCCAUCUGCCUGAAGCGGAACCGAUACAUCCAGGACACACUCUCAUCAGGCCAGCUUUAGGGAUGCUCAAGUCUGCUGUCAAGUUUCCUCAUAAAGAACUUGAAGAUGGAGCCGGUGUUUACGGAAAUUAUGAGAAUUUGGGCAUAAGGUACGAUUCAAAGAAUGAGCGCGUCUUAUAUAGUGGUUUCAGAAGGUCACCUUCAGAUUACAUAAUGAUAAUGCCAGGGAAACCUAAAGAAAAGAACAAGGUUCAAGUCGCAUCUGCAGUUCUAGAUCCUGAAAAGAAAAAUUUCCUAAGCAGCAUUGCUAGUUUGCUGAAAAAGUCUCGCAAUAAUAUUCAUAACAGGAACACUAAAAUAUUAAUAGCAUCGCUGUACAAAGACGAGCCGCAGAAUACAAAUAAAAAAAAAUCAUACUAUUUGAACACAAGAGAUGCACUAGUUAAGAAAAAGCCGGUGCCCUGGUAUUUUCACAAACUACGCUUUACCUAUCCAAAGUUUGUGUUACGGGGUAACACUAAAAAGCAAAUGAAUAAUAUAAAAACCAAUUCAAAUUUUAUUGAAGAGGAUUCAUUAGAACAAGAAACCUCACCUAAACCAAUUGAUCUUAAAGACGAAAAACCGGAUAAAAAGAAAUGGACGCUCAGUUCCUAUAACAGUUACGACCAUAUAAACAUAAAUGAUAGUGCACCAGAAUUAGGAGAUUUAAUCCCAAGUUCGAGUGAAGAAUCGAAGGCACGAAACUGGUGGUUCUAUAACCAGAACGAUUUGGUGCCGUUCCUGAAGAAUAAGUUACUGAGAAGCAAAUAUGAAUAAUAGGUUUUUUCAAAUAAAUUUGCACUAAUUAA